AUGAACUAUCAUAUGAAAUGUAAUGAAUACUCUAUCGAUAAGACUGAGAAGAACACUAAUAUUCCUAAAAGCAAUCCAAUCAGUUCAUUAACAGUUCCCUACAUUGACGAUGAUGCUAAUGAAUUGCAUGAUUUGUUUCGAUAUUUCCUUAUCAAAUACAAUGGUGGACCAAUAGGUCAACAACGCAGAAAGCGUCGUCGUCUAGCAAAUUGA